AUGGAUGAACAAGUCUGCGAGGCUGCAUUGCCUUCAGAUCUCAAAGAUUCAGAAGGCUAUAUAGCCAAGGUCGACACUGAACACCAUGGCAAUCUCAAGACCGCCAAGGAUGGCCAUACUGUUCUGAUUCCACAACCUUCUGACGAUGCGCGUGAUCCUCUCAACUGGAGUCCUGUCAAGAAACAUGUGAUUCUUUUCAUCAUCAGUUUCGCAGCCUUUCUUCCUGAUUAUGGUAGUGCGACCGGCGCUGUUACUCUCAUCCCGCAGGCAGAGCAAUGGAACAUGAGUCCAGACACAGUUAACCACUCACAAGUUGGUAAUGUUUUCAUGCUUGGUGCAGGCGGUAUCUUUGUUGUAGCCCUCUCCGCAUGGGCAGGCCGUCUGCCCGUUUUAUUCUAUUUUCUUGUCCUCGCCACAGCCACAGCUGCCUGGUGUGCCGCUGCUACGACCUUUGAGUCUUUCAUGGCUGCUCGUAUCCUGAAUGGCUUCUUUAGUACUGUAUCCCAAGGCGGAGGAUUGAUGUUCAUCUUUGACAUGUUCUUUUUCCACGAACGUGCUCGCAAGAUUAACAUUUGGGCUGCUUUUAUUAUCCUCUCUCCAUAUAUGGGACCACUGUUGACUGCCUUCAUCAUCACGACACUCCCGUGGCCCGUUGCAUUCUGGGUCUACUUUGCUGAGACUUCACUCGCGCUCAUCCUUACAAUCCUGUUUGUAGAAGAGACCUACUAUGACCGUCGCAUCACUGCAGCGAAUCAACCACCCAGAGGAUCACGUGUCGCCAACCUGUUGGGCUUUGCCCAGUAUCAAUCCCGCCACCUCCGCAACAGCUUCGGUCAGGCUUGCAUGCGACCCUUUCGUGUCAUCAUUAAGCCUACUGUCUUCCUGUCUUGCCUUUACUACCUACUGACCUUUGCGUGGGUUGUUGGCAUCAACACAACCUUGUCAAUCUUCCUCACACCAUUAUACAACUUUGGUCCUAAGCAGAUCGGCUUUUUCUAUUUCACACCGGUUGUUGGCGCUAUUUUGGGUGAGGUAGUUGGCCACUGGCUGCAUGAUGGAAUUGCACGCCAAUUCAUCAAGACGCACAACGGUCACUUUGAGCCAGAAAUCAGACUGCGUGCAAUUUGGCUGAGUACACCGUUCAUGCUUGCUGGUUUAGUCGGACUGGGUUUCGCUCUUGAAGACGGGUAUCAUUUCAUGAUUACAGCCCUGUUCUGGGGCCUAUAUGUCUUUGGUAUAAUGGUAACCACAGUUGCUCUGAAUGCGUAUAACCUCGACAGUUAUCCAGAAGCAUCAGGGGAGGUCUCUGCAUGGAUUAAUUUUGCUCGAACUGCUGGAGGGUUUAUUAUCAGCUAUUUUCAAGUCAAGUGGGCUCAUUCUGUAGGCGCUAAAGUCAGCUUUGGUACCCAGGCUGGUAUUUGUGCUUUUGCAUUUCUUAUUAUUAUUUUAUUACAAGUAUUUGGAAAGACAUUGAGGAUCAAGACUGGAAAGUUGCAUUUUCCUACGGCUUAG